CUGGAAAUCAUUGGAGAUAUACCAUAACUCCGUGCGGCUUCCAAUAUGUCAUCGAAAGGCACGUUGUCAAAGGCACCCUCGAUUUCUAACAAAACACGCCAUCAGGAUUGCUUUUGAGCGAAUGCCUUCUUGAUAUCGUAAACAACCUUGUGUAAAAGAGUCACAUGGGACCUUGGUAAGCAUGUUGGUUCACAUGAAGAGGCAUGUUGGCCAGAUGAACAUCACGGGUGUGAUGAUCCACAAUGCGUUCUACUAAGCAUUUCAGAAGAAAAGAGGUCAAACUGAUAGGUCUGAAACUCUUUGCGUCUUCAUACGACGCACGACCUAGUUUCGGAAUGAACUUCACAGUAAUGUCCCGUCAAGAUUUGGGAAUAUACACUGUAGCAAAACGGCAAACAAGAAGUUUUUUCAAACCAUGUUUGAAAUAAUCAAAUCCCUUCUGAAGCAAAAUAGGAUAACUCCCAUCGGCCCCAGGAGAUUUGAAAUGGGUAAAGCUUUUAAGUGCCCACUCAAUCGAUUCUAUAGCUACAAUACUCCGAGCCGAAGCCAGGGAAUCAUAACACUACAAGAAAAUACAUCAGGUUCAUCUGACGAUGUAAUAUCUUCACAUCCAGGGAAGUGUGUGCUGAAUAAGCAUUCCAGAACUUCCUCAUCAGAGAAGUCAUAUCGCCAUUUGGCAAACAAAGUUCGUUCACUCGGAAAUCCUUAGAUUUCGCAAGGAUUUUGUUUAACCGACUGACUUCAUUCAAGCUGGAAACAUUUGUACAAAGGUUUUUCCAGCCGGAUUAUUCAGUAGACCGGAGAACUUUCCUGUAGGCCUUGCGAGCCAACCUGAAAGCCUCCGAAUCAGCCGAACGGCGUCAGUUUCAACUUUUUCUACAUUGUUUCCUGAGUUUUGCCAGAUCAGAGUUCCACCAAGAGGUUCCUCUUGUGAUCUUCACAGACCGUAGGGGGUAUGCUUCUUCAAAAGCUUCCAUGAUGAAGGUCGUUGUAGUAUCAACGGCAUCAUCUAAAUCACUUGGAGUGUCAAUGGAUGGUGAGUAUCCAUGAAAUUUAGCCGCAACCAAAUCUGUAAGAAGAUCUCAGUUUGUUCACCGGGUAUUCCUGAAACGCAAUGUUUGCGAAGUAACAUUAAAAUGUUCAAAAAAGAUGUAGCAAUAGUCAGAUAAAGAUUCUUCAUCUAACACGUGCCAAUCGGUAAGCUCGUGACUAAUUCUACUAGAGCAAAGCGCUAUGUCUAACAGUUCCUCUCUAGCAGAUACCAUGAAGGUUGGGCGGUUGCCUAUGUUAAGUAAUGCAAGAUCUGUACUACUUAAGUACUCCAUCAAACUGGAGCCUCUCAAGUUAAUGUCUGAGCUGCCCCAGAUGAUAUGGUGAUCAUUAGCAUCACUGCCAACAAUUAGGCCUUUUGAAGUGCAAUAUGCGAUGACUUGUUUGAAAGCAUCUGUAGGGGAUGGUUCAUCAUGCGGUAAAUACACCGAACAAUAGACGUAUUUCCUUGUGAAGUUUCCAACAGAUACAUCGAUUGUGAUAGCACAUACAUCUCUGGUGGUUAGUUCAGAGAUGAGUGUAGCAACUAUUGCGUUGUUGACAAGCACACAUGCUCGAGGCAUGAGACGCGUGUUUGCCAUUUCAUGUUUACUGUACCUGUACUGUACUGGGCUGUACCAUUCUGCAUAAGUCUGCAAAGAUUGCUGUUCUUUUAGCCUGAAGAUUGAUCUGAGCUAUCCUAACUUUUCGCAAUACCAGCACAACAAAGAACAACAGCAAUAAAACCAGAUCGGUAUCGAUUGGAAAACGCCAAAGGUGAGGAUAUACAUAAUGCACUGUGUAAAUCGCAUAAUGCGAAACCAUAUUUAGCCUCAAGUUUGAAAUAUAAGAAGGGCAGCUGAUUGUUUCGGAGAGACACGAGGAACACUGCACCAAUGUUCCGGUUAACGCAGUAAGGGCAAAAUACUGUGGAGGGCGCCCUGGUACUCCACAGGCUCCGUUAGCGGUAAGGUUUCUAUUAGACCCCCAAACCUUUCAUUCCUAGGCACGGUAAGCAUAAAGCCGCAUCACACCAUGAAUCAGAGGUCACCUGCUUAGUGAACUUGUGUAUUAAAAAAAAUGGAUAAAUACAUCUGAGGUAAGAAAUAGAAUAAACUAAUUUUCUUUCCACUGAAGGUUUCUUACAAAAAUAUUGGAAGGACAUCUACUUUAAACAUUGCUUUGCGAUAACUUCCAAUAUAUUUCUUCCUCCUAUUUUUAUGUUAUGGCCCAAUGUGCAGUGUUUUCAAGUGAGAAAACACACACGAAAAAAUGCUGGAGAUAAAUUUCGAGUUUGAACUGAUAAAACGUCUUCAUUUCAGAGGCUACACGUGCCGUUGUUUGUUCAACAAAACGUGUUGUACCGGAAGAAUUUCGAAACAAACAAGCCACAAUCAUAUGCAUUUGCUGGUGGGUUUGUUUAUAAACCAUUUAUAAGUCCUACAUUGGACUCAAAGUAGGAACAUCUUUCGACGCGAUGCAAGUAAAAAAACUAGUUACCUUCAGUUUACUCCUGAUCAGUGCACUGUUCCUAAUAGAAAAUGUGGCUACCACAAAUCGCCAUUCAUCGAUAUUCAAAAGCAUAGAUUCAACAGACGGCGAAUGCCAUCGGUAUUUGAUUGGACGAGAUGGAAACUGUAGCGUUCGUUGCCGCGGUUUGCUGCACCGGUUUUGGACCGAACAGAGUAAGCUCAGUUACUCUGCGAUCAAGCAAUUCUACCAACCUGAUCCAGAGGAUAAAUGUUACCUGGAUCGAACCAUAGAGUGCCUUAAAAGAGUUUCAGUGCUCGAAAACAAUUGUGGACUUGUCGAUCAGUACGUUCGCUGUUACAAGGACCAAUAUGGAGAAGAGGAUACUACAGCCGCUCGAUUCAUUCCGUUCACCAGAGUGCAGCAAACUCGAAUCCUGAUGGAGUGUGCAGCAAUCCUGGGAAUACCGGAGGAUUCCUUGAUACAAGCAGCUAUGAACACUAGUGAAAUGCCACAUGAAGCAUGUCUCCUCAGGUGCUUCCUUAUUCGACAAGGGCUGUAUAGCGACGCUGGUGGUUUCGAUUUGGAACGGCUCGAGGUACAAUGUGGGGGCUACGGAAAUGACUGGGACCCCGUCGCAGUGCGGAAAUGUUUUGCCAAUGUGACGAAUGAUGACCAGUGCUCAAAAGUGCAACGAAUGACCAAAACCUGUCUCCCAGUAUAUUUAAAAGUGAUGCCAAAUCCAAACAUUCGUACCAACAAGUUUAUACCGGCUAUAGUUGAAUUUAUGGGAAUAGAAGUAGACACUAGAGUAGGCUCACUUGAAGCCCGUUUCGUGAACCAGGUUAUUUCAUCAAAUGCACCAAUAUCUGUCGUAGGACAUGUUCUUGGUGCUCAUGCUAAAAGUAGAUUGAAGACUAGUAUUGCUAUUGACCCUGAAAGAAGUUAUAUACCACAAAUAACGGUUGUAGAGGACAUUUUCCAACAAAAUGAACAGGAUAGUAUUUUACUUUUACUGCAAUAAGCGUAUUUCCGUAUGUGUUAAUGAUUGACUUCUAUGUAAUAACAUAAUUCAAUAUACUUCUGCUGAUCUUGGGCAUUAAAAUCAAUAAAAUCGCUUUAAAAUGACAACAAUAUCGAAUAUGUUGCAAAAAUAUGGUCCUUUGUAAAACUAAGCCUAUCGUAAUUUAAAACAUUUAAUUCGUGAAUUAUUGCAUGUUUUAAACCAUAUUCCAAAGAUGUAUUUCUAAAAGAAAAUAUUUCAGAGAAAAAAAAUUGGUUUCGGUUUAAAUUACAUUUUUGGCAGAUUCUAAAAAGUAUCAAUCCCGCCAAAAGUGUGAUGUUUCAUCGUGCCUUAAAAUGGCAUUUCAAAAAGGCCUCAUUUUCAAGCUAUUUUCGAUGAUUUAUCAAAAAUUAACUAAUUGCUCUAGAAACCUACUUUUUUUUAACACAAACUGCUGGCAACCACGAGGAUGACACCAUAAAAUUUCUGAUUCGAUAUUCGUAAUAUUUGGUGAGAUGUUUCAGAUAUUUUUUUUACCCAAUCUCUGACCCGUUGUCACUUCAACGACGGUACAGCCAUUCCGUAGAAAAUCGAUAUAGUGAAACUCCGAAUGUUGUGUUAUUUCGUGGAUUUGUAGUUCCUCCAGAUUCCUCCAGAUGUUUGUUCUGAGUUUCCUUCAAAAGCUCCCUCUGAGGUAACAUUUCUCCAGGAUUCCCAUCUGGUAAUCCCGUUAAAAGUACUUCUGAAGACAUUCCAAAAGGAAUCCCAUUUCCCGAAGGAACCUUUAUAGAAAUCUCAGAAAGAACUCCUGGAGGUAUCACAAUAAUAAUUUCUGGAGGAUUGCUAGUACUCCUGGAUGCAUGCCAGAUAGAACUUCUUUAGGAACUUCAAAAGAAAAAAAAAAUCCUGGAAGAAUCACAAAGAGAACUUCCGAAGGAAUCCUGGCUAUACUCCUGGGAAAAUAUCAAUUGAUUCACUCAUAUAAAAUCAUGUUGGAGUUUUCCAGAGGUCUUCUUUAUUUAAGAGACUUUCAGCCCUUGACUGGUUCGUCUUUUUCCAGAGCAAUUUCCCCGGAAUCUCAAGAAACUCCUUGAAACUCCUAGAAGGUUUGUUUUUUUUUGUGAAAGAGAUUUUCAGCCCAAGGCUGGUUCAUCUUCGAGGAUCCUAGAAGGCUCUUUACCCUCCCAAGAUGUUAGGUUCCGUACAGUAUAAAAAGAAGGAGUUUAUUCCGGAAGAAACUUCAGUCGAAAUACCGGAAGACACUACGGUUGAAAUACCCAGACAGAGGAAUCGUUGAAGGAACUCUUGUACGCAGUGGCUUAAUUUCCCCAACAGGGGAGGAAAAAAAAAACUCUUGUAUAAAUUCCAGAAGCAACUUCUGGUCAAUCUUGGAAAAUCUUGGAGAAAUCCCAGAAGGAACUCAACGAGGUAUUCGUAAAGGAACUCCUGAGGAAAUCCUCGAAGGAGCUUCUGGAGGAAUGCAAGAUAGACUAUAAGAAACUCCUUGAGGAAUCUCAGAAAGAACUUCUUGAAAAAUCACAGAAAAAAACUUUUGAAGCAGCAUCAGAAAGAACUGCUGGAGAAAUUCUUCAAUAAGGAAAGCCUAAGGAACUUCUUGACGAAUCCAAGAAGAAAUUUCUUACGAAUUCCCAGAUUUAAUUUCUGGAGGAACACCAGAAGAAACUGCUAGAGUAAUUUCAGCAGGAACUCCUGGAGGACCCUCGAAGGAACCUCUGGAGAGAUCUUAGAAAGAACUUUUAGAUCAAUCUCUGAAGACUCUCCUGGAGGAAUUCCAAUGUUCAAUGAAUGUCUGAAGCAAUUCAUUAAGGAUUACCUGGGCAACAGGCGAAUUCGCUGGUAUUUUUUACUAACUGGACUUCAUCCAGUAGUCCAUGGCUGUCUGUCUGCCUGUCUGACUACUGAACCGAUCGGCGUGAAAUUUGAUAUGUGGGUACUUUAGAGGCCGGGGAUGGUUCUUAGCUCGAUCUGAAACCCCUCCUAUUUCUGGAAAGAGGGGCUACCAUACACAUGUAUUUGCAGGGGACGUCCCUAUGGAGCUGUGGCAUUACGACGUUUGCCGGGAUAGCUAGUACAUAUAUAAAUAAAAACAAUAGUAAAAUUAACGGCAUUGUCAUUCCAUACGUAUAUAACGGUGUGUCUAAAACCGUUAUUAACAAAAUAAAAUACCCAUCUAAGCGGUACCCACCAUUCGAAAGAUAUAGUAUCCCUAGUAUCCAGGUAUCAUCUCUAAAAAUUUGGAAAUGUUUCAUCGAGGGAAUUGAUAGUUAGAGCGUUUUGAAAUUUUAGGGCGAUUUUCAAUGAAAUUCUCUUUGAACUAUGAAUAUUCAAUCGUGGUUGUAUCACGAUCGUGGCCAUCAACCUGUUCCUCAUAAAUUCGGAAUUCAACAUUCGAAACGUAUGGUAUUCGAGUAUUCUUACUGAAAAUUUGAGAACAUUUUAGCUACGAAAUCAAAAGUUAUCGUGAAUUGAAUUUAUAAUCCAAAUCCAUGGGUUGUUACAGUAUUUAUGGCAAAUAAACAGUUACUAUUUACUACAAAUAACCGAAACCAAUUCAAAUGCCCGCUAUUGUAGUCAAUCACAGCAUUCAACAGUUGGUUGAAAUAGGAUUCAGAUGUCUGGAGCGUACGAUAUCUCUCCCAUGUUUCUGAAAAAAAAAUGGUGGGAACGCUCUCAGUAGCUUGCUCUCUGAACACACCAAGAGAUUUUCCAGUAUGUAUCAUCUCAGACCAGCAACUGGAACUGCAAAAUAUGAAACUUUGAGAAAUUCGGCAAAUUAAGGGUCUCCCAUAUCGUUCCAAGCCUAGCCUUCAACAAACUACUCUUUUGUGGUUUUGUUUUCUAUUGGGUAUUUUCAUGAUGUAAAAUUUAUAGUUUUACACUGUGUCUACUACCUGGAAAACCCUGGAAAACCGGGAAUCCUCAGGGAAUUUUAUUUCACAGGGAAAACCUGAAAUACUCAGAGAAUAUCUUGAGUACUUAGGAAAAUUUUACUCUAUGAAAAAAACAUUGGGCCGUAUGAAUAAAAAUCUGGUAGUAAAAUCCAUACAGAAAUUUCGCUACAAGGAUUUUUUUCCAGAAAUUCCGUCAGGGUUUCUUUCUGGAACUUCUUUAGAAAUACCUCUUGGAAUGUCUCCCAGGAUGUCUUAUAAAAUUCCUACCGCGUUUUUGACGGUAUUUUUUAUUUUCUUCCGUAUUUCUUCCAGGAUUCCUGAAUUCCAAUCUGGAAUUCAGGAGUUUUUCACGGUGAUGCUAUUUCUUCCCGGAGUUCCUCUAGUGUUUUGCUCAAAGAAAUCUUCGUAGGAUUUCUACCAGAAUUUAUCCCGAAUACUCUAUGAGAAUUUCUGUCGGGAUAAAUCGUGGAAUUUAUUUCGGCAUUCUUCAUGGAAAUUUUACGCGAUUCCUUCCGGAGUUCCUCUUGGGACUUCCUCAGAAGAUCAUCACAUAAUUUCUUUCAGAAUUGCUAAGGGAGUUAUUCCUAUGGUUUCUACUAAAGUUCCUCCAAGGGUUUCUGAAGGAGUUUUCACGUAUUUACUGCAAGAGUUCCUCAAGAGAUUUCUUGCAUUUUUUUCCUGUGAUAUCUUCAAACAACUGCUUUGGGCUUUCUUCGAUAUGUUCUUCCUGGUCUCCUACAGGAAGAUCUUAAAAGUUUUCGCGAGGUUUGUUUUGAAGUUUUACCUGAGAUUUCUCUCGGAGUAUCUCGUGGAACUUCUCUCCGAAGAUUACUUCCGAUGUUGGUCUUGAAAUGUCUUUCAGAAUUUUUCUUAAAUUACCCUGAACUGCUUCCUAAGAUUUUUUUUCCAGAGUGCCGGAUUUCUUGUGAUCCACCUGAUAUUUUUUAUAUGUAUUAUCUGCAUUAUUUCCAAAAUUCUUCCCGAAAUCUUUACCAGAAAUUGUCUCGAGAUUCUGGAUACUCCUUUAGGAGUUUCUCCCAAAGUUAUUGCAGGGAUUCUUCUACGGGUUUUCCUCAGAAUGUCUCCUGAGAUAACAUACGAAAUACUUUAUAGAAAAUUCCUGGAGAAAUAUUCGAGGGAAUUCAAAUAAAAUCUUGCAAGAAACUCCGCAAAGUAUUAUGGAAGAAAUCUCGACAGGAACUUCAGGAAAAACCGAGAAGAAAUAUUAAGGACAUCCAAGGAGGAAUUCUGAAAACCUCAUGGAAUCCUGAAAGCAACUACAGACGAAGUUCGACGAGAAAAACGGAGGAAUGUCAGAAAACUAUCGGUAAAAAUCCCGACAUAAACUAUUGGCUAUCCCGGAAAACCACUAAAAAGACACGGACACUGGCUUCAGCCGGCGGUUGUACCGAUUGAACGAAACUUAACACAGAGUGGCUAUGGAUCAACCAAUGACAUUCUUGAAGAAACUUUGUAUAGUUUUUGAUGGAUCUUCAGGAGGAAUCCAACGAGAAUCUCUGGAAGUACAUCGGAGAACCUUUGCAAGAAAUAUCGGGACGUACUCAAACUACUACUACUAUCUUGUGAAAGAAUCCUGCGGAAAGCCAGGAAGAAACUUUGGAUAAAUUCCAGGAAUUACGCUCAGAAAUCUUGAAAGAAUUUUUGAAGAGUAGGGGAACUUACGUAUUUUUGGCAGUUUUGUUCUCUUCGUCAUGGGGGGUUUUUGAAACCUGUUGAACUCAGAAUUUGGCAUCAAAUCAUUCCCAACCAAGCUGAAUAUGAUCAAGUUACAGACAAUUUAGGCGACAUAAAUCCCUCAUGACGAAGAGAACAAACCUGCCGAUGAUACCCCAAGUCACUCUCUAGGGACAAGACAGAUACAGCGAGAGUAACUCUGGUAUAGAAGUGUUGCUCAGAAUUCCUCUGGAUAGCUCUGGAUCACUCUGGUUUUCCCGAUGUGUUGCCUGAUACCAGUGAAAAAUCGAAGUCUUGCCCGAUUUCCCGCUUCGUAGAGACGUUUCUGAAUGAAUUCGAACAAAAAGAGUUACUCAGAAUUGCUCAGAGUUGCUCCGGAUUUCACAGUGUCUUGCCCCUAGGUCACCCUUUUUAAUUUUUAGAAAAUUUGGGUUAUUUUUUUAAUUAUAAACUUUUAAAAUUUCAUCUGGAAAAACCUGGAAAACUCAGGGAAUUUUAUUUUGAGUUAUGAGUAGACACCCUGUUUUACCCCAAAGAAUGCUUGCGUUGUAUGAAGAAGGAAAGAGUUCCAGAUUUAUCAGGUUAACCUCUUCCCUUAAAAAAUGCUUAAGGACAAACGUCUUGAAAUCCCGCUUCAACAGCGCAUCAGAACUUCAAACGCACAAAUCUCAAGAAGCAAGUUUCAAACAACAUUGCAUUUUACUAUUCUGUUCUUGCUCACUUGUAAGAAGCUUAAAAUAAAAAGAUUAGGUGCACUGGUUUUGUUUACGGAGAGAUUUGUGCCCUCGAAAUCGUGAGUAGGUGCCAAAGUCGGCCAUUGUGGCGGCCAUUUUGGGAUUCUAACAAGUCUGUCCUUAAAACACAUUGUCGGUUAUCACGAUGAUGUUCUUCUGGCUAACA